GGAAACCAAGGAUACGUAAAAACACGGAAUAAGUGAGGAGGUCCGGCUUAAGACAGACGAGUUAUUGCGUGUCUGUACUUUGUGCUUUAUUGUCUUCUUUAGUCGCGGUUUUCUGCCCUGGUGCCCUGGGCGGUGCCGAAUGUGCGGCGGUGAAGCGCCAGGCCGGUAAACAGCGCCCGGGCGAGGCGAUGGCGGCGGGCGGGCUGGCGGGGCUCCUGCCCGCCCAGACACAGCUCGAGUACGCGCUGCUCGACGCCGACACUGCCCAGGAGAAGGAGAACCUGGUCUACCAGUACCUGAAGAAAAUGGACAGCCGCGAGCGGGACCUGACGGUGCCCGAGCUCGGCGGAGAUCUGCAAUGGUUAAACACUGAAGGUCCUAUUUCUCUUCACAAAGACCUUUGUGGAAAAGUUGUGGUGUUGGAUUUCUUCACUUACUGCUGCAUCAAUUGCUUGCACCUGCUGCCUGACCUCCAUGCCUUAGAGCACCAGUUCUCUGAUAAAGAUGGUCUUGUUAUUGUUGGUGUCCAUUCAGCGAAAUUCCCAAAUGAAAAAGUUCUGGAUAACAUUAAAAGUGCUGUUCUGAGAUACAAUAUUGUCCACCCUGUAGUAAAUGAUGCAGAUGCAACACUGUGGCAUGAGCUGGAAGUGUCCUGCUGGCCAACUCUGGUCAUUCUUGGGCCUCGUGGAAAUAUGCUGUUUUCUCUUGUUGGAGAGGGACACAGAGAGAAAUUGUUUUUAUUUACUUCUAUAACACUGAAAUUCUACAAGGAAAGAGGACAAAUCAAAGAUAACAACAUUGGAAUAAAGCUGUACAGAGACUCCCUUCCACCUUCUCCUCUGCUGUUUCCUGGCAAAGUGACUGUAGAUGAUUCAGGAGGAAGGUUGGUCAUAGCAGACACUGGGCAUCACAGGAUUUUGGUUACUCGCAAAAAUGGACAAAUUCUACACACUAUUGGAGGUCCAAACAGUGGAAGGAGAGAUGGAGGAUUUUCAGAAGCAGCUUUCAACUCACCACAGGGAAUCGCUAUAAAAAAUAAUGUUAUUUAUGUAGCUGAUACAGAAAAUCACCUAAUUAGAAAGAUUGACCUGGAGUUGCAGGUGGUGACCACUGUAGCGGGCAUUGGAGUACAAGGUGUUGAUAAGGAAGGUGGAGCAAAAGGAGAAGAGCAGCCCAUCAGCUCUCCGUGGGAUGUGAUCUUUGGAAGUUCAAUUUCAGGGACGCAGGAAGAUGAUGUGUUAUGGAUAGCAAUGGCAGGCAUUCACCAGAUAUGGGCACUGAUGUUGGAAGGUGGAAAACUACCAAAGGGAAGUGACUUAAAGAAAGGAGUCUGCCUUCGCUUUGCUGGGAGUGGGAACGAGGAGAACAGGAACAACGCUUACCCACACAAGGCAGGGUUUGCCCAGCCCUCGGGGCUCUCCCUGGCCCCAGAGGAGCCCUGGAGCUGCCUGUUCGUGGCCGACAGCGAGAGCAGCACCGUGAGAACCAUCUCGCUCAAGGACGGGGCGGUGAAGCACCUUGUAGGAGGAGAGAGAGACCCAUUGAAUUUGUUUGCUUUUGGUGAUGUGGAUGGAGCAGGCAUAAAUGCAAAGCUGCAGCAUCCCUUGGGAGUAACAUGGGACAAGAAAAGACAGCUGCUUUAUGUGGCAGAUUCCUAUAAUCAUAAGAUUAAGGUUGUGGAUCCCAAGAUGAAGAACUGUGCUACCCUGGCAGGCACAGGAGAAGCAGGCAAUGUUGUUGGUUCCAGCUUUACCCAGUCAGCUUUCAAUGAACCAGGAGGUUUGUGUGUUGAAGAAAACGGCCGCCUCAUGUAUGUUGCAGACACAAAUAACCAUCAGAUUAAAGUGCUGGAUUUGGAAACAAAAAUUCUUUCCAUGUUGCCUAUCCUGAAGCCAGAAGCAUGUGAUGUUCCGGAUAACCUGCCUGUGCAAAAGGAUAAAAUAGCAAACCUGCCAAGACUGCCUAAAUCUGCACCAAAUAUUGAACUUCCUUCACUAACUGUAGCUCCUGGCCAGACAAUUCAGUUUUUAUUAAAGUUGACUCUUCCUCUGGAUUCAAAACUGAACGAGGAAGCUCCCAGUGCCUGGUUUAUCACAGCAGAAGAUAACACCUGGUUGCUGCAAGGACAGUGUCUGACAGGAGAAAUAAAGGAUGUUUCCUGUCAAACUGUCAUUCCCUUUCAGUUGCCUGGGAGCUGUGUGUCAGCUGAAGCCACCCUGGCCAUCAAAGCGUGCCUCUACUACUGCAGCAAAGGUAGCAGUGCCUGUAUGAUGGCAGGAGUCUCCUUCAGCCAGCCCUUGCAGGUCACUGGCACAGACCAAAGCAGCUCAGCUCAAGUGGAACUGAUGCACACCUUUGUAACCAACUAACACAAAGCCAGCUGAUUUCACACUUUAUUUUCUAUCCAGCAUUUCUGUGGGAGAAAGUACAAAUAGAUAACUUGGCUCUGUUUUUUCCUGGAGCUUAUGACAAAGUUAAGAAAUAAUUUGCUUGGUAAAAUGAAGUAGUUUUUCCUACAGCUUAACAGGAAAAUUUAUCAUCACAACCUCAUUUCUUUACAUUACAGUAGCAGCAAUAACUUUGUAAUACUGCAGACUCUGUUGCCAAUUGUGAACACACUGGAUGUCUGCCAGUCUUAAGAAGUGAGCAACAAUUUUUAGAGUCCAUUUGAAAGAGCUGGUGUUACUUUGUGAUGUUACUGUAAGAUCUUUGCACUGUAAAUAGAGUAGAUCAUUUUGGACUAACACUUCAAAAUUCCUUUUAUGCCCUUAUUGCAUCUUAAUAGGAUGUCAAAAGGAAGUUCUUUCUCCAGUCUAUAAAAAAGUAUCUUGCUUAUUCUUCUGUGAUGACACUUAUGACAUGUGUAUUUUGAAAAUACACCUUAAACUAGGUGCAGCUCUUGUUUUAUGCAAACUGAGCAUUUUGCUUUAACUCAACAUCACCGCCUUACGUGAAGAACAAAGGUUCAUGGGAAAUUUUCUGUGCAAGGAAGCGUUCAAGCUCCUGCAGAAGAAUUUCAUAUUGAUUUUUAACAAAGAAUGUGCCUCACUGCAAUGUGUAUAUGUAUAUAAAAUAACCACCACAAAGCCAUGCUGGAGCUUUUCUGAUACAUACCAAUUUACAUUUUAUAGAAAGUGGUAGAUAAUGGUUGAAUAUCUACACUGCAAAAAUUAAAUGUCAUCCAUUUCAAGGAGAGUGAUUCACUCCCAUUUUUAUGAUUUCUUUGCAAAGACUGUUCUGAAGACUUUGCAUAUACGUAAUAUUACUCUUGAAGUCUGAUUCAGAGUCUUUUGAAGUCACUGUUAGUCCUUGGAUUUGUUAUAGUGGCCACUGAACCAGAAUUGCAUACUUGAUAAUGGAUUAUUUACAUUCAUGUUUAGAGCCUCUGAUAUUUUGCUAGAACACUGGUAACCUAAUCUUUGAGCAAGAUGCUUUAAAACUCUAUUGCAAAACUCUGCCCUUGGUGGUUAAAUGUUUUGCAAAUAAAAUUCCCUCAAUUGCCAUAAUAAGAAGGGGCAGGGUGAUAGUGGUGGUGCAGGUUUAUUUACUUGAGCUGCAAGAGUUUCCAUCAUGCUUAAGUGGUGAUUGGGUUAGGCCCUGUGCUCUGGUCAUGAUGAUCAGUUCUGAGAAGAUGAUUUUGUUUUAAGUUAAAAGAUACUACUGUCACACAUACUAUAAAGUGCAGUAGUGAAAGAUUUUUUUAAUAUAGUCUUUUCUAAAACAAUUACUCCUGACACCUGUCAGUAAAUCCCCACUAUCAGUUGUUGUUGCUUUUUCUUACUUAAAGGCUGACUGAAAUGUUGGUCAUGAACCCAAGAGGCUUUUGUUUUAAAGGAGUGGUGUGGUUCUUCCUUCCAUUGAAAUGCCAGUCUAUCUGAGAGUUCUUUGUGGCACCAGAAAUGGUUGUUAUCUCACCUGUCAGCAAAGCAAGGGCUGAAAUGUUAUUAUUCUUAUGUUUGGUUUUUAAGUAGCUUUCCUAAUUCACUGUUUUAGCUCCUUUGGAUAAGCCUCUCCAUUCUCACAUGCCAAUUUGGAGAGAAAAAACUUUGAUACUUUGUUCACAGAUAGCAAAUGCUGUUGGAAGGAUGAAGAUAAAGAAAGUGAUUUGGGCAUUUAUUAUUUUUUACACUUUAGUAAAACUUAGUCUUUCACUAUUCCUCGUUUGUCUGUUUACCUUUGGAUAGUAGCCAGGAAACCUUCAAUCAGCUUCUAGAUAGCCUGCAGAUUUUCUGCUGCUCUCUAGAAAAAAACAAGCAUUAGAUUCAGAAGUUGAGAAUAAUGAACCAAACUGUCACAGUUACCUUGAACGUGUAAUUCAUCAGAUGGAUCUUUUGUCUCUCAUUUUGUCCCAUCAUAGAAUGGUUUGGGUGGGAAGGGGACUGAGAGAUCAUCUUGUUCCAGCCUCCUGCCAUGGACAGGGACACCUUCCACUGUGCAGGUUCCUCAGAGCUGCACCCAGCUUGAUUGUGAACACUUUCAGGGAUCUGGCAUCCCAGCUUCUCUGGGCAGCCUGUGCCAGUGUCUGACCACUCUCACAAUAAAGAAUUCCUUCCCAAUAAAAUAAAUAAUAAAUCUGCCUUCUUUCAGUUUGAAGCCAUUGCCCCUGGUCCUAUCCCUACAUGCCCUUGUCAAAAGUCUCUGUCCAGCUCUUGCAGCUCCUUCAGGUACUGGAAGGUGCCAGAAGGUCUCACCAGUCUUCUCCAGGCUGAACAACCCCAGCUCAAAUUUUCAGCUAGAAUGACAUUAUGUUGUACUAUUUCAAUUAUAUCACUUGAUGAAAUUCUGCCUGUACUUCAAUAUUUAAAAAAAAAAACAAAAAAAAACAAAAAAAAAACCCACAAAAAUCUGACACUUUCAAUUAAUGUAUUGCUGUGUGGAAAGACUGUAUUCCUCACUUCAUUUAACUGUAGUGUAUAAUUUUUAAUUUUCUAUCUAAAUGUUCUCUCCUUGCUCAGUCUCUGUGUUCACUGUGAUUGGCCUUUAGUCCUACAGUCUAACAUAAAGUUUUGUUUGUCCAAGGGAUAAGGAUACACAUUCCCAGAGUCACUGCUUCUGUUUCAUUUGUAGUGUACAGAUAUUCAAAUGUUCUAUGAUUAGAAAAACACAGAUUUUUUUACAGCUUAUGAUAUUUAGGGAUACUGUUUCCAUUUCUUCCUCCAGGGUUUACAAGCUGCUCUUACAGUUAAUAGCAAGUGCCAUAAACUUCACCAGACAGGCAAACUGAAUAGCAUGUACAAGCUACAAGAAAUUUAAGUACCAGAAAGUAUCUUCCAAAUAUGAUGCAGAAAAAUAGGAAAUGUUACUAUUCUGUAAAAAAAGAAUCAUAUAUAUUGAUGCUACCUCUUUGUAUGGGAACUAAGUUUUUUCAUGUUCCCUGAUAUAAAAAUUCUAAGCAGAUUGGAAUGGCUCAGCACUCCCAGAUUUGUUUCUCACAGUAAAAGUUUGUAAAUCAAAGUCUUUUCCAAACAUGACUUUCUACUGGCUUUAACAAUUUUUGCAGCAGACCUUAAGAAAGCAUUAAAAGACCAUAGCAAGUCUCUAAAGAGUAUUGGUCAUGGUUGAUUUGUAUAAUGGAAACAAGUUCUGUGGCAUUUUAAGUUUUUAAUUGUAGUGUUUUCAUCUCUGGGACAGCUUUUGGUUUUGAUUGGAUGUAUUAAUAGUUCCAUGAGAUGCUUUUAGUAAUUUUACUCAAUUGCAGUAUAAUAUUUUCUAUUAGAAUAGAAAAAAGAUAAAGUGAUUUUGAAGAGGGAGGAUAAUUUGUUUUAAUAGCUCCUUCAUGUUGUUUGAAUUCAGUAAUAUCUUUGUGUAGUUUGCUCCCUUCUGUUGAAGGAAGGGUAGGGAUGAUGACUCUGUAAAUCUCUUGAUGGGCACAUAUUUUAUGCAUAUAUUUUUAGUUGAUUUCUUUUUGUGUUAGAUUCUUACAUCGUUUUUAGCUUUUCUAUUGGAUGCAGUUCUUCACAGUUUGUGUUUGGGGUCUCAUAUCUUCCACCUGUAGAGCAUUACAAUGUUUGUAUAAUGCUGUGGUAGUGUGGUACCAAGCAAGAGAAAGUAGUUUUAUAGCAUCAGGUAAAUGCCUUGUCUGCUUAUCCUCAGAAAAAGUGCAUAUGGCUUCCAAUAUAUUGUAUGUGUUCUUAAUGCACUGAUUUUAUUUCAGUAGGAAAAUAUUGUAGCUGAAACCAUGGGUAAAACUGUUUUGUUGAGAGAACAUAAAAGUAUAUUGUUUACCUCUUGCUCAGAGGAAGGGGAUGAUGAAAAUGAAGAGACUUUCCUUCUAAUGCAGGGCCAUGUCCUUCUGUUCCUUUAGUUAUUGACUAUUUAUUUUAUCAAAGCUAGAGGCAUUAUUGACCACAAAUUGUCUUGAAUUUUAUUCCUAACAAGGUUUUCUAUGUACAUGGAAGCUUUAAAUGUUUGACUUUGUAGAGUUAUGAGUGAUAGAUCUUGUUUGAAAUGCUUUUAGUUUAGCAGACAAUAGCAGAGAUUUAUGUACAUUCUUAAGAUUUGUAAUUUUUUUAAAUCACUGGUAUCCAUUGACUCAAAGACACUUUGAGGCUACACUCUCACAGAAGUGUGAACUCAAAAUUAAGUUUUCUUUGUUGUAGAAUAUGUGAGAUUCACUGUGACACAUUGUGUUCUCCAGGCUGCAGUUGUGCUACCUAAGGAGAAUUUUCCAUGCACCACAACUCUUCAGUCACCCCCAGUAAUUCUCCACUGAAAUCUGCCAGGUCACUUGCUCACAUAAUCAAUUAAUAUUACUGAUUUAGGUUAGCAAACAUUUAGCAUUCAGAAUUUAUCAUUACAAUUUUUGUUGAAGUUGGUUUGUCAGGGAUUAAAGGAGCUUCUCUGUCCUAAGCAAACAAAGUAUAGGAAUGAUGACAAGUAAUUGGAGAUAAUUUUUGAAAAUGUGAGACCUGGUUAUUUUUUAGUUAAAUCACAACAUCUGUCUUGCAUUCAACAAGAGAUCAUUAAUUUAGAAACAAUAUUCUGAUAUUCUAGAAUAUUCUAAUAUUUUACAUUCCAUUAUGUUCAUGUAACCAAAUUUGACUACUGUCUUCCAUUAGAAGCAGAAGUUCUAUAUUUUGUAGUUUUUGUACUCUUAUAAAGUCACUACUCUCAUUUAGGAUUAGGAUUCAUUCCUGUUCAGGACUCAUCACACCUAUGAUUGAGUUUCCAAGUUUAUCUUAGUUUCUUUGUCACACAAUUUUGGGAGAUUUUGGUUAGGGUUGUGGGUCUGUCCUUUCCUCCUGUAGUUUCCACAGUGAAAUGCAGCCUGUGUCAUGUUACCAUGGAGGGAUCCAAGUAGGAAUGAUUCCCUCCACCAGCUCCUUGCCCCUCCCGUGCUUCAGGGAUGGGGAUGUAAACAGCAAGUGAUUCUAGACAGCAUUAGAGUAAGAAGAUGUCCUCAGGUCAGCUUCAUCAAGCUUUGCACUGGUGCAGCUGCUGUCAGAAGUUUUCCCUUUACCUCUGGCCCUGUCCACUGAAGUCCUGCAGUUGUUUGUAGCUGUCCCAGAGCAUCCCAUCAAACUUGAGCAGCCUGUGCAGGGAUUCUGAUGGCUCUUGGUUUCAGGAAACUUUGAUGCUAGAGAUUAAAUACUUUAGCUGCUAUAGGUUAAAUAUUUUAGCUCUUAAGUAAUUUGCUGUCUUGUUGCAGGUUAUUUAAUUAUUGUCAGGUAAUGCACUCCUGCUGCAGAUGAGAAGCUGGAAGCUUGGGUGUGAGUUGAGGAAUGUUUGUGUAGCUAUAAUUAAAUAUUGCUUAGUUUACCUCUUUGGUGGUCCUUUACUUUCAAGCAUACCAGGGAAUUCUGUCCAAUUGCAGGCUCUAGGGCUAAGCAAAAGAAUUGCAAGUAUUUUUCAAGUCUUGCCUAGUUCCUUUGAAACAUUGACAAUUCUGAGCUAAAGAAAUCCCGUUUGAAGAAAACCUGUUCAUACAUCUGCCUUAACUUAAUGCUCUGUACUCAACAUGCCUCAGAAGAGAGAUAUUCCACUGUAUUCUUUCCCAUUUUGACUAAGGAUUGAGAAAUUCAACCCAUCUGGCCAUUGUCAGACUUCAUAGAAAGCAAAACAGCAAUUUCCAAUUUGAUUUUACAUCCAUCUAAAAAAAGGAAAAAGAAAUAGAGCCUAUUUUCCAAGCUUUUGAUUAAUCUGAAAUACUGGUUUUGAACCAUAUGUUCAAGGAAUCUGUCCUGAGAGUUGCUUGAAUCAUAUUUCCAAAUCUGGUUUCCAGAUUUGAAAAAUUAAUUGAUAGUAAAGCGGAGAAACAAAUUGCUAAAUGUUUUAUCUACUGAAUAUUUAACUUCAGAAGUCUCCAAUUUCACUUUUAAAAUAGAAUUAGAACAACUAAAAUGUUCUCCUCUCUGUCAUUACCGUUAAUGUACCAUUAAUCAUUGUAUCAUUAAAACCUGUGAUGGAUCUAUGUGAUUUUGUAAAAAAAUCAAUAAAGAAGAAGAAGGUGGUUGUUACAUAGUGACUGAGUGAAAUCCAGGUGCUCUAAGGUUAGUGGAAAAUUCCUUUAGGGCCAGGAGUUUGGCCCAAUGUGACAGAAAUUCUGUGCUUUUAUUACAUCUUGAUGGCUGAAGGAAAAAAUCAGUGCCUUUUGUAACAAUACUUGAAAGUGUUUCUUUACAGAAAUACUGGAGUACUGAUUGAAAUAAGCUAUUUAACCUUCAUCGUUUGCAAGUUUCAGAGGGAUUUAAUUCUACUAAUUCUGAAACUGUGAAGAAUUUUCCUUCUCUGUCAUGUUACUGAAUUACUUUGAAAUUAAGGUGCUUAUUUGUCAAACUCCUUACAAAAUACUUCAAAAUGAGGUAGUUUCUCAAUCUUGUGAGCUUACUCCUGAAAUUAUUGUUAGCUCUUUUGUACACUCCAGAUCAAACGUGGCAGGGAGACUUCAAACAGCUUGCUGAAAUCGUGGUUUGAGUGAGAUGGAAGGCAAAACAUGCACUGAUAAAGGGGCAAAGGUGACACUUCUUGGUAUUUGAGGGAUGGAGAUUUGGUCUUUGUUUUGGAGGUUUCAUCUGUUCUACAGAUCAGCAAAGAUGCUUUACACAGCAGAGGGUUGUGUGUAGGGGCAGUGAAGAAGGGUCAGGUUAUGUCACUGUGAAAAUGUGUAACUUCAUUUAGGUUGUGCUGCUGGGACAUCUAAAAAUCCCGGCAGUAUAAUGCUAGUGAGGGAAGUCACAUUCAAGCACUUAACACCUUAAUAAAUGUCUCCAGGUGGUUUAAGGGGAAAGACAGGAAUUUUAUUUUCUUCCUUGAUAAUUUCAGUGUUGCUUUGUAGGAAUUGGAAAAUUUUGUCUGUUCUUUGAGAUACUAAACCUUUGUUUCUCCAUUACAUUCGAUGCAAAACUUUUCAUAUAUUUGAAUAUUUUAAAAAUGUGGUUUACAUUUAUUGUUACAAAACAUGAGAAGAACUAAAAUGGAAGCAAUUCAUCUAAGCUGAUCUAGAUCGUGUAAAUUCUUCACUGACAAUGUUGCCUAACUGUUCUUAACAAUAUUCAUAGAUGAUGAUAUCCUUUUUAAAUAAAGGGUAAAUGUCCUGUAAUAUUAUGAGAACAAAUAAAUACACUGUAGAAGAAAUGUCAGCCUUGGCUAUCAAACCAACAGAUAAACAGUGAUUAAAGAAUGUAUGCUUUCUCCUGUGCAGCCUCUUUCUCCUUGUAAAGCUUUUUCAUGGAAAAAUAAACAUUAAAAAAUU